UAUCUUCCUCCCGAGUGUUUCGUCGUGGGCAAGACGCCGCCCAAGAUUUCCUCCAAGGUGGACGUGUGGAGCGUCGGUGUGAUAUUUUACCAGUGUUUGUAUGGAAGGAAGCCGUUUGGACAUAACCAAAGCCAGGCGACGAUUUUGGAGCAGAAUACUAUUUUAAAAGCUACCGAGGUUCAGUUCCCGUCCAAGCCUACUGUUUCCCAGGAGGCCAAGGACUUCAUCAAGUCUUGCCUCCAGUACAAGAAGGAGGACCGGAUCGACGCCAUUGGACUGGCAAACCACGACUACCUGAAGCCGCCGGCAGCGCGGAAAGCUGGCCAAAAGACGUCCCAGUCUGCCGCGCAGUCGUCGUCGAGCCAGGCUGGGGCGUCCUCGUCGUCAUCAGCGGCGGCGGCGGCCUCGUCCGCACAGACGUCCGGGGCGCCCGGAGGACGACGACGACGACCGCCACCACCGGAAAAGGUCGAUCGAUUCGCCGCCACUGCCGCCGCCGCCCGCAAAGUCUGUGAUACGCUGACGGAACCCAAGAGCGAAAAGCUUCGGUUCUUGCUCAGUCAC